ACAAAACCUUGCAAAACACCGGCAAAAUGGAAAAAAAUAAGAAGCAGACAAAAAAAUCUCCCUAUCAAAAAUUACAUCUGGAACACGUUUUCAGCUAUCUUCAAACCAAUGAGUAUCCUUCAGAUGAUCGUUACACCAACCGAAUACACAGAUCUAACCUUAGACAAAGAGCUUUAGAUUUUAUCAUUGAAAAUGGAAAACUUUACUUACAGUAUUAUUCUGCUCCCCUUGCAUUGGCUUGUGAUAAUAAUAGUGAUACUGACCGUCAGAAAAGUGAGAAAAAAAUACUUAACAGACUGGUUCUGUUUUCCAACGAGGAUAAGUUGCAGGCCUUCUAUGAAUGUCAUAUAAGCAAAGAAGGUCAACAUCAUGGUAAAAACAGAACUGUAGCACUGUGUAGAGAUAAAUAUUAUUUUCUGUGUAUGAUUGAAAUGGUCAAGAUGUUGAUCAGGAACUGUCCCAUCUGUAGUUCAAGAUUAGAUACAACUAACAUUGUUGCAAAGGAGCAUGAAAAUGACAUGGACAUAUUAGAUAUGUUAUAUGGUGAAAAACAUGGCAACCAUGUAUUACAAGAAAGGGAAAACUUGUGUAGUCAUGGAAACAGUGAUUGUAUAAUUGAAUGCUUUAAAACAAGCACAUUCAUCGAUGUUGAUCAUAUUGAAAAUAUCAAUGUCAUCGGCCAAUCGUUGGAAUUGUCUGAUAUUUGUCAUAACGAAAUAAAAACUGUGCAUGAAACAAACCAAGAUAGCACUACCAAGCAAAAUUCAGCUGAUGAGAAGAGUUGUAUGUUGAAAAAUGAGGAGAAGGAGAAAAAAGAAGAGUGUGAAAACACAGAUAAAUAUGUAGUAGAAAUGUAUAACCUGGAAUCUGAUGUUGAACCUGAUUAUUUUUGGCAUUCUGUAGAAUUAAGUGUGCUUGGACCAUAUGAAUUUCAGGGUAGACAGAAGUAUUUGAUGAUAUUCUUGGAACUCUAUUCGUUGUGGCCAGAGGUAACAAUAGUAGAUACAAUUUCACCAGCUAUUAUUACCAUGGGUUUACUGGACCUUUUAUGCAGAUACAAUGUAAUGAAAAGAUUAUACCUGAGGAAGAGUGCAUGUGGUGCAUUACAACUCUUUACUCCUGAUGUCCAGCUUUUACAGACUGCUAAUUUACACAUAGAUAUAGUGAAAAUGGAUGUCCCUUAUUCAGAAGAGAUUUGGACACUACUGAAGACCCAGGUUUCAAGUUUUAUUAAGAACAAUUCAGACUGGCCAUGCACCUUAUCAUUUUCCAUAAUGCCAUUUAGAAUUAAAUAUGAUGAUGGUGUUGAUGGAACCUGCACUCUUUUCACCAGGAGAAGACACAGAAAGAAAACUAAAGAUAAAAUUCCUAAUUUUGACAGCAAUCAGCAAAAAUUACUAAACUUAUAUAGAUAUUGUUCCAGUAAGUCAGUGAAGCUGGGUGACAAAAAUGACAAGAACACCACAGAUAUUACAACUGAGGUGGAAGGUUAUUCUGUAUCAGAGUAUCCUGUCAAACAAGAUGUCAACUUGACAGAAAAUAAUCCUUUAAAAUAUUUAAGAGACAAUCCUGAGGCAACACAAAUGGUAAAUGAUAAUGAAAUUGUGAAAUCUCCAUGUAAAAUGACAACAAGAAACAAGAGAAUUGAUUACUGUUCUCUAUCAUCGGAUAAACAGACCACAGAUAGUUUAAAGACUAAGAAAAGGAAUGUAUCUUCUUCUGGUUCUGUUUCAGAAAGUUCAAAAAAGAUUAAACUAGUUUCAGGCAAAAGGAAAUCGAAUCAUGAAAAUAUGAAGUCCAAUAACUGCAAGAUUGUAGAAAAUCAAAAAGAAACAUUUGAUGACAGCUUAGUUUUGGAACAAAAGUUUUGUAAGGAUGAAGAUCAGGCAACUUGUAACAAGAAAAGUCCUUCAGAGAUUAAAGAUACAAUGACAGAACAUUCUGAUAAUUCAGAAAUAGGAAAGAAGUGUUUGACAUAUAAUGUUCAAUCUAAAAUUUGUCUUUCCAAAAAGAAAGUAAAGUCAGAUAUGGUGAAACAACUUGAACAUGAGAAAGAGCAUGAUGGAAACCCCAGGACAGUUGAAGAAAUUGAAGAUCACACACUGACAAGACACUCAAAGCAGCAAAUAAAAGGUGGUAAAGAUGGGAAAAUCUUUACUGGUAGUAAAGAAUCUGUUACAGAAAGGCACAGGACUAAUUCCCAAGGUAGCGGAAAAGAUUGUAAAUCAAAGAAGUUAAUGAAAGCUCACAGGAGAUCUCUUACUUGUUUGUGUAGCACCUGUGGAAAGACUGUAAAAUCAUUUUCUCUUAAAUCUCACCUACAGAUGCAUUCUGACCCCAAAAGAUUGGAAUGCCCUCAUUGUUUUAAAGGAUUUUUUACUGACACUCAUCUUACUGCACAUAUAAACAAUAGACAUAUAUUUAGUUCUCCUUCAUUAUUCAAGUGUACUGUGUGUAGCCAAGUAUUUACAAGGAAAGGUUCACUAAAACGACAUGAACAGUCAAGACAUCAAAAUUUAAAACUAUACCAGUGUGACAAAUGUGGAAAACUUUUUCAUCGAAAGCAUUAUCUAACCAGCCAUCAUAAAAUUUGUCAGCAAACAUUAAACAAGAAAAUACCGAGAACUAGCAGUGAAAAUGGAAUUAGAAAAGAUAAAUUAAAGCAAGGGAGUAAGGAGUCAGCAAGUGGAGAUAAAACAUUGAUAACCAAUCAUAGAAUAGGACAAAAGGAGGUAGCAAGUGGAGAUAAAACAUUGAUAACCAAUCAUAGAAUAGGACAUCUUCAGAGUUUAAAUCAGAAAACAAAUGCAGUGACCAAACAUAUUAAAGAUACCAAGCAUGUGACAGAAGAUAUCAAAGAUACCAAGCAUGUGACAGAACAUAUCAAAGAUACUAAGCAUGUGACAGAACAUAUCAAAGAUACCAAGCCAAUGUCAGGACAGAAAAUUGAUCUAGAUAACAAACCUUAUUGUCCUGAACAUGAUAUUACAUGUAUUGUCAAUAUGAAUAAGUCAAAUGUGCAGGAAAUUACCCAUUGUGUUAUGUAUGAGACAGAGUCCGGGACUGAAUAUCAUAUAAUAUCAGAUGAUCCGAAUAAACCUAUAGAUAAUGACACUAUAGCUGCAUUAGAAAUGCUGGCAUCCCUUAAAGAAAAGGGACAAUAAAUUAUGAAAAUAUGUUGAAAUAUAAUGAUUAAAACUUG